CAGUUCGCCGCCGCUAUCGCCUACUCAUUAUCGUCUCUGGCUGCAGAACCCUCGCUCGUAUCACCAUCCACUUGCCGCCUUAUACUUUCUUUCUUUAGUAGUACUUUUGAAUGGUCUGAAGCGGUGAUGGGUAUUCCGGCAUUUUACAGAUGGUUGGUGGAUAGGUAUCCAAAAUGCGUGCUGAAGGCAGUGGAGGACCAUCCUGUCUUCGUUAAUGGCGUUGGGGUUCCCGUGGACGUCACCGGUCCGAACCCCAACGGCGUCGAGUAUGAUAAUCUCUACCUUGACAUGAACGGCAUCAUCCAUCCCUGUUUCCACCCCGAGGGAUUACCUGCUCCGACUACUUAUGACAAGGUUUUUGAGGCGAUGUUCAAUUAUAUUGACAAAAUUUUCUCCAUAGUUAGGCCUCGAAAGCUUUUGUUUAUGGCGAUUGACGGUGUUGCUCCUCGAGCUAAGAUGAACCAACAAAGGGCAAGACGUUUUAAAGCUGCUAAAGAAGCAGCAGAGGCAGCAGAAGGUAUUACUUUGGAAUCAGAAGAGGAAAAACCAGGCCCACUUGAGCAAUCUGAGAUGGAUUCCAAUGUGAUGGACUCCAAUGUAAUCACGCCUGGAACUGAAUUUAUGGAAUUAUUAUCAUCAGCUCUCCGUUAUUACAUACAUCUGAGGAUGAAUGAGGAUUCAGGUUGGAAGGGAAUAAAGGUCAUUCUUUCUGAUGCUACUGUACCUGGUGAGGGAGAGCAUAAGAUUAUGUCUUUCAUCCGCUUGCAGAGGAACUUGCUGGGAUAUGAUCCAAACACUUGGCACUGCAUGUAUGGAUUGGAUGCUGAUCUAAUUAUGCUUGCGUUGGCUACGCAUGAGGUCAAUUUCUCAAUUUUAAGAGAGGAUGGCCGCCUGAAUAAACAAAAUAGGAAGUAUGGGAGAAGACUGAUUAAUCAGAAAAGGAAGAGGGGUGCUCCAGAGGAUAUACCAAAGCCUUCUGAGCUUCUAGACAACUAUAUUAUGAAGUUGAAAUUUCAGUUUCUCAACAUAUGGGUUCUGCGGGAAUAUUUAAAGCAUGAUAUGGAAAUCCCGGAUCAAGCAGUUAAGGGGGAUCUGGAGCGUUUUGUAGAUGAUUUUGUCUUCAUUUGCUUGUUUGUCGGAAAUGAUUUUUUACCCCAAUUACCAUCACUUGAGAUUUCUGAGGGAGCUAUCAACCUGCUGCUGAUGAUUUACAAAGAUGAAUUUGUUAAAAGGGGUGGUUACCUAACUAAUUCUUUUGAGGUGAAUUUGGAACGUGUAGAGCACUUCUUACAUUCUGUUGGGGCUUUUGAACAAAAAAUAAUUGCACAGAGAACUCAUGCCAAGGUUAAGAAAAGAAAGAGACCCACUAAAAGUUGUAAACUUGGGUGUAAUGGCUCAAGAUUUCCAUCUGAUGAGCGAGAGACAAAAUCUGGAAACAUCUAUUCUUCUUCUAAGACCCUUGAAAUCAUGGGAAAUGGAGAAAAUCCCUCAUUCAGAUGUAAAUCUAGUGGCAGAAAUAAGAUUAAACUAGAUACCCUCAAUUGGAGAGAGCGUUUUUAUGUUGAAAAGUUUGAAGCCAAAACAAUAGAUGACUGUGAGAGAACUAAGAAAGAUGCAGCUUUUAAAUAUGUAGAAGGGAUUUGCUGGGUUAUGCGUUAUUACUACCAAGAAGUAUGCUCCUGGCAGUGGUUUUAUCCCUACCACUAUGCUCCGUUUGCUUCAGAUUUUGUCAGUAUUGAUCAGUUAGAAAUCCAGUUUACACUUGGGGAGCCCUUCAAACCUUUUGAUCAGUUGUUGGGUGUCUUGCCUGCUGCUAGUGCACAUGCUCUUCCUAUGGCUUACAGGAAAUUGAUGACUGAUUCAUGCUCACCAAUAUUGGAUUUUUAUCCUACAGAUUUUGAAGUUGAUAUGGAAGGAAAACGUUUUGCUUGGCAGGCUGUUAUUAAGCUGCCAUUUAUUGAGGAGUCCCGUCUUCUUUCUGAGAUUGCAAAAGUUGAAAGCACUCUUUCGGAUGAAGAUAGAAAGAGAAACACGCCAGGAUUGGAUGUGCUUUUUGUCCAUGUUUCACAUCCAUUAGCAGCAGAGAUCAAUUAUAUAUGUGAACGAGCCAUGGAUACUUCAAAAUUGAAUGACACUGAAAUUAAACAGAAAAUUGACCCAGCAUUAAGUGGAGGGAUGAAUGGUUACUUUUACAUUUCUGAUAGACCUGUGCGGCCUAUGGAAAUAUAUUCCCCAAUUGCAGACUUGAAGAUGAUAGCACAGAAUGACGUUAUAUCUGUCUUCUACAAAUACCCUCCAUUUCAUCCUCACAUUCCAAGGCUACCAGAUGGAGUAAUGCUGCCUGAGAAGAUUGUUGGGAAGGAUGACUUGCGGCCUUUAUCUAAAAUAUGGUGUUCAAAGGAUGCACGUCUAUUAUAUGCAAGAAAAACACAAGCAAUAUGCAGUAUUAUGAAUUCAAGAAGGAACAAGCCUGAUACUUACCUAGGCUCUUGUAAACGACCUGCGGUUCAACGCAAUGAGGCUGGAUAUACCCUCAGGAGACAGCUUGUUGUUAGCAGGCGUACCAAGGAUAAGGCUAACAUUGUUUUAAAUUGCCAUGUUAAGAAAUUGAAGAAUUGUAAUCUUCAGAGGUGGAGAAAAGUUGAUGGUGAGAGCAUGCCUGAAGAUGCAUUAUUGAGACUAAAAGAAGAAAACAAAUCCAAUGAAGGGGAUCAAGUGCCAUGUGAAGAUAAUUAUGGCAAUUGUGCAGGGGGAUUGAAGCAAGCAGACAAAGAAGUCAAACAUGCCAAAGUGGAAGGUGUUUCAUUUAGCAUUGAAAAUUUUGAAAAAUAUGGUGGGGAACAAACUGAUGGUGGCGCUGCAAACAAGACAAUAGAUGUGGUUGAAUCCAAGAACAGAAAACGGAGAUCUAAAAAAAGGAAACAUAGUGAUGAUGUCGCACAUAGCAAUGGUAAAAAAAUGUGCAACUUUGAAAAUAUAGAGCAGGUUGAAUCUAAGAACAGAAAACCGAGAUCUAAAAAAAGGAAACAUAGGGAUGAUGUCACACAUAGCAAUGGUGAAAAAGUAUGUAACUUUGAAAAUAUGGAGCAGAGUAAAAGGGAUGGAAAUAAUGCUCCUGUUGCAGAUGGACUGGAGGAAAAGAUGGUAGAGAUCAAACACAGCGAACUGAAUGGUGUUUUGGUUAACGAUGGUAGAUCUGAGGGCAUUGAUGCAAGAAAGACUGAAUUUGGUCUGCAUGCAGAUAUUAAGAAUGAUGAAGUUGAAUACAAGAGUCGUGAAGAAUUGGAGAGGGGACAAAAGAAAAAUGAAGGUGGGCGACCUGGGAGCUUCAUCAAGUUGGAACAAACUCAAGUUGAUAAGAGCAGGAAUGGAAUGGAGAUGGAGACGGAAGUCAGAUCCAACAAGAGGAAGAAACAAAGAUCUAAGAAAGGGAAGCGUAGCGUGGAUAUUGGACAAAACAAUGAUGAGAACUUGAAGAGAUUCUUUGUUAAGGAACCUAUUGAAAAUGAUGGUGGUGAUGGUGUUCAUAAAGAUGCUUUCAAAAUGGAGAGUGGCAUCAACAGGGAACAACCAGAAGAAGUUGGUCUCCAUGCAGCUCCAGUUAGAAUAGGGGAAGUAAAAACAGAAGUCAAAUCCAAGAAAAAUAGAAAACGAUCUAAAGAAAAGAAACACAGUAACAGUGAAGCUCUUUCAUGCAACAAUGACGGUGAAUUCAAGAGUUGUAGUUCUUAAUUUUUUAUGAUUAUUAAAAUCAUGUGUAAAGUGAAAUUUUGGAAUACAAGUUUUAAAAUAAU